CCACGGGCAGCUCAGUGAAAACCUUUCCAGAGCAGACUGGCUUAGCACCCUCAGAAUUUCCUUUUGGUUUCUUUUGAUAAUGAAGAAAGAAAACAGUUUUGCUUUUAACUAUGACUUCUCAGGAAGAGGUACAAGAGACAAAUCCCACUACUGGAAGUCCUGAAAUCAUCUCUAUUACAGAAGAUGAACCGCCAGUACCAGAAAUUCAGUUUUCCUUCAAAAGAUUUUUCUUCAUACCACAAGCAAACGUGGACCCCAGCGCAGAUGGACCUGGAGAUAUUGAACCACCUUCGAUGUGCCAUGUUUUUCUCUCCCUAAAAUACUUUCCAUAUAUCUGUGGUUUCUUCCUUGCAGUAAUACUAGCAGUUGCCAUUGGCCUGGGUGUCCAAUACAACUGCAUUGGGAAGUUCCGCUGCCGAUCAUCCUUUAAGUGUAUCCAGAAAACAGCCAGGUGCAACGGUGUCUUCAACUGUAAAGAAGGGGAGGAUGAGUACGGAUGUGUCAGGUUGAGUGGCAAGAAAGCAGUGCUGCAAGUGUUCACUUCUGGAUCCUGGCGAACAGUCUGCUCUGAUGACUGGAAAGCAGAAUAUGGAAAUACUACCUGCAAACACCUGGGUUUCUCAAGUUACGUGAGUUCAGGUUACCUGCCUGUGGCUGCAGUUGAAAAACAGUUUCAAAGACAUUUUGUAUCCCUUAGCCACUGGUUAUCAGCUGAUCAAGUGACAUCUCUGCACAAUGCAACAAACCUCAGAGAGGAAUGCACUUCUGGCAAUGUGAUCAUCUUAAAAUGUUUGGCAUGCGGGACGCGGGCCAGCUACGGGCCACGAAUUGUGGGGGGCAACGCGGCCUCCCCCCGGCAGUGGCCCUGGCAGGUCAGCCUGCAGUUCCACGGGCACCACCUCUGUGGAGGGUCCGUCAUCACCCCACGCUGGAUCAUCACGGCCGCCCACUGCGUCUACGACCUGUACUUGCCGAGCUCAUGGAGUGUGCAGGUUGGUUUUGUGACUCAGCAAGACAGCCAGGUUCACCCAUAUUCAGUGGAAAAAAUUAUAUACCAUCGAAACUAUAAACCCAAGACAAUGGGAAAUGAUAUAGCACUGAUGAAACUGGCAGCACCGCUUGCUCUCAAUGGUCACAUAGAACCAAUUUGUCUGCCUAAUUUUGGUGAACAGUUCCCAGAAGGGAAAAUGUGUUGGGUAUCAGGAUGGGGAGCAACUGUGGAAGGAGGUGAUACAUCUGACACCAUGAAUUAUGCAGGCGUUCCUCUGAUUUCUAAUGCAAUUUGCAAUCACAGGGAUGUCUACGGUGGGAUCAUAACUUCUUCAAUGCUUUGUGCUGGUUUCCUAAAGGGUGGGGUAGACACCUGCCAGGGAGAUAGCGGGGGCCCUUUAGCGUGUGAAGAUAUGAGUAUCUGGAAGUUGGUUGGGACCACCAGCUUUGGAGUGGGCUGUGCAGAAAAGAACAAGCCGGGCGUCUACAGUCGAACAACCUCCUUCCUGGGCUGGAUACACGAACAGAUGGAGAGAGAAGAAUUGCAGAGCUGAGGAGAGUGGCAGUGCGCUGGGCUUCUGAAAACCCACAUCACCCUCCAGCCCCACAGAAGGACCCACCACACUCUUCUGGAUACCUGCUCUAAGCUUUGCGCCUUCACAGACUACUUUUUACCCUUUCUUUUGGGUACUGGUAACUAUACUUAAUGAAAACUGUUGCACAUUCAGCCUCUUUUGGAUGGAAGAGGCAGCUGGAUGCUGGAUGCUGGGCAUGAGUAUAAUAUUUACUGUCAGCUACAAAUUUCACAUGUAGACUAAGUGCGAAGACUGAUAACCAAGGAUGCAAUCUAUCACAAUAAAGUAUUGCAGGCACCAUGAGUAAAAGUCUAGAACAACUUUACGAUCAGGUUGUUAGCUAUUAUUUUAGUACUUACCUUCCAAGAACCAGACUACAUAAAGACUUUUUCUCCUAAAAACAAUCAUAUAUAAGGUCCAUGGUCUGUUGCACAGGCAGCACCAUCGUUCUUUGAAGCCAUAAAGCAAGCAGGAAGCAAGCAGAUGGCAAUUUUGGCAAGCAGUUGGCAAGUAUAUUCAACUCUUGUUAGAAAAAAAAUCUCUGAAUUCGAGUCUUUUAUCAUGUGGCUUUGAACAAAGUCCCUAAAAAUUGAAUUCCUAGGUGUUUUCUUCUGGUAAAUAGCUCUGAAAUGAGCAACACACAGGUUGUAACUUUACUGAAAAAUUCUGAGAUAACUAAACAGUCUUAAAGGGAAGAGGAGCUUCUUUACUGCCUUUCAAUAGGCUAGAGAGCCAAAGUCAUCGCUCUAUCUGUGAUGCACCACGGAGUGCAAUAGCCAUUGAAUACUCCCAAGCUGACAUUAUGUUGUACAGUUCACCAAGGCAUUCACGGUCAGUCACCUUCCCUGUUUUCCUGCCCUUUCUCUGCACAGGACAAUAUAGAUCCUGCACUCUUUGUAUCUAUUAGUGACACCAGUGGUGCGGACGAACUGAUGACAGCCAGACAUGGGACAAAAUAUCUGAAGUGCUGCUGUGGUUUCCUGUUUUACAAGCCUUCUUAACAUAACAGCCUCAUGUUGUUAGGUUGAAAAAUGCCUGAUUGUUUUGCACUUGCCCUUUGUAAAAAUCCUGGGAUGAAAGUUGUCAAUUUUAGAAUUGAUUGACAAGGUCAGUAGGCUAAAUAAUGGAUAAUAUUGUCAGAGCUUUUAAUUAUCAGUCAAAAUUGGUCAUCAUAUGAUCAAGUGCUGCUCAUCUGCUUGAAAUGUGGUUUUGGAUGUAGUCUGUAUGCUUCUAAAUCAGUAUCUGCAUCACUGCUGUCAUCUACCACUGCUGCAGGAAAUCAUCAGUGGAACUGGAACUGCAUUCUGACAGCAACAAGUUGUGUCCAAAUCAAGAGAGAACAGCAAAACCACAUGAACUGUCAACCUCCAUAUUGUUCUGUAGAUACAAACUUUGAUGUUAUAGGACACUGCAUCAAUAUCUUUCACCCUGGCUGAAGAAAAUGCAGUGCAAUGGAAACAGCACUUCCAAAACCAGCAUGCUGUUAAAAAGAAGAGUGAAAUAUUAUUGCAAAGACGACACAAAAAAAUGGAAUGAAAUGGGAAAUUUCAACUUGACAGAAACAUGACAGAAUUAAAACAAAUUAUGCUGAACCCUUGUGUAACUAAGACGUUUUCAGAAGAGUUUUAAUGUUCACUCUUUGUUAUCAUAACACUUUCACAGCGCCAACAUGGCUCAUGUUUGAGUAUUAUCAGCAGUCUGAAGAUGAGGGGGAUGCUCUCUGAGCUCAUGGAGUUGUUAUUUCGUAUUUCCAAAAAGACCCCUGCAAAUUCCUUUUGAACUCCUUCUAUUUCCAUAAAAGGACUGUACAGUAAGUAUUCACUGUGGUCUGCCUUUAUAUUAAAGAGAAAUCCAAUACAAAAUAUAAAAGCUAGUGAACUCUUCCCGACAAGAAACCACAUUGACCCUCAGUACAAUAACGGUCACUUCUAGCCCAAUGAGCCUGCAAAUCAUUCUUUUGAUUUCUCUUAUGCCCCUUGCUGUGGUGUCUUAGGUAUAGGAAGAAUACAAAAGAGUCACUCUGUAAAGCUGUAUUUUCCUCCCCCAAUUUAUGCCAUUAACAUGGAUGCCAGGGGGUUUAAAAUAAAUAUAAUCAUGAUAUUAUCAUAUUUCUUUGUGUUUACCCAGAUGAAGAUACAGAGGGGUUUAAAGCGUGGGAAGUGGUUCUGUACAGAGCUGGGCAUUGAGUUUUAUUCAAAGAGAGGUGGGACUGAUGAGCUGGUCACUACUGGUAGUCACUAUUACAGCUGGAAUGAACCGGUAGACAGAAAACUAACUUUUCAAAGAGGUUAUAUGACAGAUUACCAAGUCUUUCCUUUUCCUUGGAUUUUCUUCUCUCUAUUCAAUGAAAAUAAAUGGCUACACCGCAUGUGCAUGUGCCUGCCAAACCAGGUGGGGCUGAAGGUAGCUCUAGUUUAGCUAAUCCUGAUUAGGAGUUUCAUGGUAAACACCUUUGAAGUAUUUAAGAUUUUUAUAAUAGAGGAGUGUAUAUCUGCUACAUUAUUAAAGAGGCUGAUGAAACAUGUUCUAGUCUGUGAACUCAGCUCACUGGUUAAAAUGGUUGCUUUAACAUAGGAUUAUGUUACAGCCAUAGUAUCCCUUAGAAAUACAACCUGCUUAUAUGCACAGACUGUGGAGAAAACUUGCACCGACGUGUAUAAUUUCACAAGAAAUGGUCAGCACAUGAAGAAAAAUUCCUUUGCCCUUCAUCACCUGUUCCUGACAUCAUGACAGUUAAGUCUAGAAACUGAGACAAAGCUGGUAAGUUUGGAUGAACCAGCUGUGACUUUUAUUCAAUAUCAGAAACAUUACAUGGAUAAAUUCUCCUUUAGCCACACCGAAAUUGAUUUUUUUUUCACUUGAGAUGUACAAAUAAAAAGACGGUUCCUGAAAGAUACAGAGAUAAGCAUAAAAACAAAUGCCUGUUUGAUGUCUGAGAAAGCCAAAGUGUUUUCUGAGAAGUGCUGUGCUUUGAACAUGCUAACACACCCCACACCAGGAAGAAAUCACUGUGCAGAGGCAAGGAUGCCUCACAGCUCUGCUCGU